AAGUUCUUGAAUGAAACAUGCUAUUCACCACAUUGUUAUUGACCUCCAUUUGAUAAUCAAUUUUAUCUACUACCACUACACUAAAAAAACCUUUUACUAUUCAUGGACAAACAGCUUUCUUACUUCCUGUGAUUUGUCUUUUUCUUAGUUGCACAUCCCCUGGUUCCUGAAGGAAAUGGCCAGACAGAAUGACUCCACAGUGACUGAGUUUGUCCUUGAGGGAUUGACAGACAGACCACAAUUCCAGCUGCCUCUCUUCCUCCUCUUCCUAGGGAUCUAUGGUGUCACUGUAGUGGGAAACUUGGGUAUGAUCCUCCUCAUCGCUUUCAAUUCCAAGCUCCAAUCACCCAUGUACUUCUUUCUUGGUAAUUUGUCGUUCCUAGAUCUGUGUUACUCCUCAGUGGUUACCCCCAAACUCCUGGGAAACUUCGUAUGGGAGAAAAAUGUUAUUUCCUAUCCUGGAUGCAUGACUCAGCUCUUUUUCUUCUGUCUUUUUGCUAUUGCUGAGUGCUAUAUGCUGACUGCCAUGGCAUAUGAUAGAUACGUAGCUAUCUGUAGUCCACUGCUCUACAAUGUCACCAUGUCCCAAAAGAUCUGCAACAUGCUGGUGAGUGGAGCCUAUCUCAUGGCAUCUUUUGGAGCUUUGGCUGACACGAUUUGCAUGACCAGGCUUUCCUUCUGUGAAGACAAUAUUAUCCAUCAUUACUUCUGUGACAUACAUCCUCUCCUAAGGCUCUCAUGCUCCAGUACCUACAUCAAUGAACUUGUGAUGAUAAUUGGAGGUGGAUUCAAUAUGUUAGUAACAACUGCGGCCAUCAUCAUCUCUUAUACCUUUAUACUGUCCAACAUACUUCAAAUACCCUCAGCUGAGGGCAAGUCCAAAGCCUUUAGUACCUGUGGCUCUCAUCUUACAGUUGUUGGGGUUUUAUAUGGCUCCAUGAUAUUCAUGUAUUUAAAGCCAGCAUCCAGCAGUAACAUGGCCCAGGAUAAGGUGGCCUCUGUGUUCUACACUACGGUGAUCCCUAUGCUGAACCCUUUGAUCUAUAGCUUGAGGAAUAAGGACGUAAAGAAUGUGCUCAGCAAAGUCAUGGGUAUGAGGUAUGGACCACCCCAGGGGAGUAGUCAGAACCACUAAAUUUCAUGGCAAUAGUCUGCUUCUUUCUUUGUCUUAACACUAACUUUAUUUCUGUUUCUGAAAAUUAAUAUCCCAUUCUCAUUGCUUUCACUACAGCUGUCAGUUAUUACCCUUCUAUUGAAGUCUGUGUGAGCACACAUGCACACACACACACACACACAGAUCUAUUCUUUGAGCAUAGUAUCUCAUGGUAUUAAGAUUCAGUAGGUUCUAGAU